GGAACACUGCCACGACCUCAAGCUUUAUGCUGGCCCCACACCAUCCUCACUCACAUCACAGCCUUGCCUCAACACCCCUGCAGCCUCUCAUGCAACCCCGCAACCUUAGUCGGCGCCUUCUCUGCUCUGCUCUGCUACCCUUCGUAGGUACUUGCAUUACUUGUACUUGUCUACUACAAAAACCCGCCAGUUACGUCUUCUCGUAUUUCUGCGAACCCAUACCCAGUCAACAACAGUCACGUACCAAAGUACUUGAUACCCGGCACACGACAUCUUUACUUUUCUCGCCGACCUCGUUCCUGUGACGUUGUUGUAUCGUGUUCUGACAGCUACUUCCACAAGCUACAUCCAGCCACCAUGGCAAGCUCUCAGAAGAGAAUCACCAAGGUAUAUUUUCUGAUUCGUCUCUCAAGCAUAUACAAUCCUAAUACGAUCCCAGGAGUAUGCCGAAGUCACCGCAAACCCUCCAGCUGGCAUUCAUGUCAGCCUGGUAGACGAGUCGAACGUCCACAACUGGAACGUCAUCCUAGAUGGACCAGAAGGCUCUCCAUACGCCGUUCGUUACCAACCCCACCCAAUCCCACACAUCUAAAAUCCUAAUCUUCAUUCUCUAGGGCGGAAAGUUCACCCUCCUCCUCGUCCUGCCCAGCGACUACCCCUUCAAGCCCCCCAAGAUCAACUUCAAGACCCGCAUCUGGCACCCCAACGUUACCUUCGACGAGCACGGCAGCAUGUGUAUCGGGAUCCUCAAGCCUGAGGCGUGGAAGCCCUCGAGCAAGAUCCUCUCCGUCCUGACCGCCACACAGAACUUGUUGGUUGAGCCGGUUCCGGAUGAUGCGGUGGAGAGCAGUGCGGCGGAGAAGUUCAAGAAUGAUCGUCCGGCUUUUGAUAAGGAGGCUAGGGAGUACACGAAGAAGUAUGCGAAGUAGAUAUACUGCUUGUCUAGUAUGGAUUAUGGAGAUACGAGACGAAUUUGUGAUGUGGGCGGUGGGCUGAUCAUGGAUAUUACAACAAUUUCGAGGAUGGAGACGAGAGCUAGAUCAAAGAUUCGAGUAUGAAGACUUG